AUGCUGAAUAAAUUGUUGGAAUGGGUCGAAUCAAGCGUUGCUAGUUUUCGCAAUGGUGUUCCAGCUGGGGAACCGUCUCGUACAGAACGGCCGCCGGAAGAAGAUCAAAUAAGGAGGAAAAGGAAAAGACCAAAUGAAUGUUUAAACGAUGGGCAUGUAGGCGACCAAAAUGAACUUGCAGUUAAGAAAUCUAGAAUGGGAGAUCUUCUUGACACUGUCAAAAUUGCAGCUGAAGGAGUAAAACAUCGGAGCGCUAGUGUGGCGACAUGGAUGAAGAACACCGUUAGUCCUACCUUGAGAAACAUAAUGCCUGCAUCCUCUGGUCACUCUCAACAACCACAGCCUUCAACAUCGGCCACACAAUGUACACCAAUACACUCUGAAAUAAACCCCCUGGACCGGACUUUUGUUGCUCCAGCCACAACUUUGCAGUGGAAAUCACCCACAUCAGUUUGCAGGCGACAAGCGCACUUGAGCCCUAUACAUCAGGAAGUCCCGAAAAUAAAUGGGCACUCGGGCACAUUGCACCCCACUGUCCCUCUGAAACUGCAUCCCUCUGCACGACUUGGCAGGCCCAUGAACAUGAGGAAAUACACAACACCAAGUGUGGUUAGCGGAGGGUCCACAACAAGCAGCUCAUGCACCAGCAUGUAUGACAAGACAUUUCCAAACAAACUACCACAGAGGCCGUCUCACAGAAUUUCACAAGGCCGCAUACAUCAGGCCAAAACCCGCUGCACAGCACAAGAGUCUGUUCAUUUAGAGGAGAAGGAAGCAUACAGGCAGCUCCUGACUAUGGUCUCAGGCGGUCAGUCUUGUCUUCGCAAUGGCUACUCGCAUUCCAUUGCGAGGUCACAGAGAGACUUCACCAGCUUCCUGAGCCCCAGCCGCAGACUGCUACCUAUGUCGUCGCUCACCGAUUCGUUGGAAGGUGAUAUUUCAGAGGGACCAAGCAGCCCUCGCAGCCCUAUGGCUGUUUCCAGCCAGAGUUCUAGCAACCUUCCCAGCCCAGUGGCUUCCACUUACAAGCAAGGGAGCUCGCAGACAUGGUCUCUGGAUGCAGACCACCACAUGUCUAGUCAACCCUCUCCAUCCGCUGUGCUGGACACGACCUCUCAGGACACGCAGUCAUCAGCCCAUGAUGGAGACUCUGUCAUUAUCAUAAAUGAGCAAAAGAGUGUAAAGAGCGAUGUCUCAAGCAUUCCAUGUUUCCAAGCAGAGUUGUGGAUCAAAGAACUGACGAGUAUUUAUGACUCUCGAGCAAGAGAAAGACGACGACAGAUAGAAGAGCAGGAGGCCUUGGCCGCCCAGCUACUGCGACAGCGCCUAUCUGAAGGAGGGCAACAAAGUGCAGAUGUGGAGGUUCAUGUUCGAGUUCCUUUAGAGAAGGAGAUCCCUUUAACACUUGCAUUAGAAGAGCCUUUGGACGAUACGCCAGAAUUCCCAGAGCUCACAGAGGAAAUGGAUGCUCAAGUGGACAAGGUGUUACGACGCGGGAGUCCUGAUGAAGUAUUCAGUGAGGGUUUUGGGCUCAGUCUGACCCGCAAAGAUCUGCAGACUCUGAGUGGUCUCAGCUGGCUGAAUGAUGAAGUGAUUAACUUUUACAUGAAUUUGCUGGUGGAGCGGAGCAAGGACACAAAGCUGCCUUCCGUCAACACUUUCAGCACGUUCUUCUAUCCCAAAUUACGUAGUAGCGGGUACUCGGCUGUCCGCCGCUGGACCAAAAAGAUGGAUAUCUUUUCCAAAGACAUCCUGUUGGUUCCUGUUCACCUGAGCAUGCACUGGUGCCUCUCUGUGGUGGAUUUUCGCAAAAAGUCUGUCACAUAUUUUGACUCAAUGGGAGGAAACAAUGAUGAAGCAUGCAAGGUGUUGUUGGAUUAUAUACAACAAGAAAGCAAGGACAAAAAGGGCAAGGAGCUAGACACAACAGGCUGGACUUUACACAGCAAAAAGCGCAAUGAAAUCCCACAGCAGAUGAACGGGAGUGACUGUGGAAUGUUCACAUGCAAAUAUGCAGAUUAUGUAACCAAAGACAAGCCCAUUACAUUCACACAGAAGCAGAUGCCGUAUUUCAGAAGGCGGAUGGUUUGGGAGAUUGUGAAUCGCAAGCUCUUAUGA